ACACGGGAUCUGCAGUGUGAGGUGGAGCACCACACGGGAUCUGCAGUGUGAGGUGGAGCACCACACGGGAUCUGCAGUGUGAGGUGGAGCACCACGGGAUCUGCAGUGUGAGGUGGAGCACCACGGGAUCUGCAGUGUGAGGUGGAGCACCACACGGGAUCUGCAGUGUGAGGUGGAGCACCACGGGAUCUGCAGUGUGAGGUGGAGCACCACACGGGAUCUGCAGUGUGAGGUGGAGCACCACACGGGAUCUGCAGUGUGAGGUGGAGCACCACGGGAUCUGCAGUGUGAGGUGGAGCACCACACGGGAUCUGCAGUGUGAGGUGGAGCACCACACGGGAUCUGCAGUGUGAGGUGGAGCACCACGGGAUCUGCAGUGUGAGGUGGAGCACCACGGGAUCUGCAGUGUGAGGUGGAGCACCACGGGAUCUGCAGUGUGAGGUGGAGCACCACACGGGAUCUGCAAUUUGAAGUGGAGUGCCAGAAAUACUAGUCUGGACUUAAAAAUUGAAAAUUUAAAUAGUUCAUACUCCGUCUGCUGAGCAUGAGACAGAUACACUGCCUGUUUGUACUUGCCAAGAUCAGUCUGGAUUUGUGUGAUAUGUAAGGGAGGAGGAGCACUGCAGCAGACCUGUCAGUGCCAGGCAGCUCCAACUCACACCCACUCAUGUACCUGUUCAAGCUAUUUUUAAAGCAACCCAGAGUUCUCGUUUUAAUAACGCUGUGGCGAUCGUCUUGGGUUAAUUAUCCAAACAGUCAUUUUUAAAUCACAAUGUGGCGUUUUGUGUCUAGGCUAUGUGGUGUGUCCCUCAGGUGGCCCAGCAGAUGUAGUGAUGACUUCUGGGGUGGGAAUGUGGUACCUGGUGCAGUAUCUGAGCCAUGUGUUUCCCCCCAUUGUUCCCCAGGUGCCAGGGUACCCAACAGUGCAAGCAAACAUAAAUUCACCAUCUGUGUGGAAGGCAACAUUGGAAGUGGGAAGUCCACUCUCCUGAAUUACCUUGCGAAAUUCCGUGAGGUUGAGAUGGUGGCUGAGCAGUUGGACAAGUGGCGUAGCAUAAGAGGCAACAAUCUGUUGGAGAUGAUGUACCGAGACCCUUGCCGCUGGUCCUACCUCUUCCAGAGCUAUGUGCAGUUGACCAUGGCACAGAGUCAUGCUGUGUCCACCACUUCCCCUGUCAAGCUCAUGGAACGAUCCAUCCAUAGCGCCUGCUUUUGUUUCGUGGAGAACAUGUACCUCAAUGGAAAGAUGAGUGAAGCAGAGUACAGUGUUUACUGGAAGUGGUACAAGGCCCUGACUGACUCUUUUGACUGUAGAGUUGAUUUAAUAGUUUAUCUCAGAACUGAUCCUAAAUUGGUUCAUGCAAGGGCAAAGAAUCGUGCUAGGGUGGAAGAACAGGAAAUACCGUUGGAGUAUUUUAUUGAUCUCCACAAACUAUAUGAGGAGUGGAUGAGUGAAGAAAAAUUUCCUCUUGCUGCUCCAGUCAUAAUUCUUGAUGCCAAUGAUGAUCUGUCAACAAUGUAUAGAAAAUAUAACCUGAUUACUCAAGAGAUAAUGGACAAUAAAUCUUUUCUCACUUCCCUUGUACAGCCCAAAAUCUCUUAUUAGUAACUAAUGUAUUUCUCGAAGUUCUUGUAUAUUGAAAGCCUGGCAGAAUCCAAAGACAUGAAUAUGAUUAUGACAGUUGGUUUUUGUUCUUACCUUAACCCUUUUGCUGUCUUGUACAUAGAUUAUGUUGAUACCAGGGUUGCUUGCAUAGAUCUGCAUUUUGAGCUCAGUUUUCCACAGAUAAACUGCAAGCAGUAAAUUUUGGCCUGGACACAAGUAAAUAAGUUGGUGCAGUGAGUGUGCACAAAAAGUCCUGCCCUAUGUGGUACAUAGGGGAAAAGCAAACCUCUGACCUUGUGUUUGUUUAUCGAGCUUAAACUAGUAGAAAUAUUAAAAUUUUGACAAUUUUCCUUAGGAUGGGUAAGAACCCACCCUCUUCUAUUUUUUGGGUUUUUACUAGGUCUGAUUCAAUUACUGGGAUGCCAUAAACAAUGACUAGUCAUUCCUGGUUAUACUCCUCAUCUGAGAAACAGGGUAAAUCUUUGAUUUAUUGCAUGUUGAAUUCAAAAUAGAGGGAAGGUAUAAAAUAGGAGAAGCCUGAGGAUGGAAUUAAUGAAGAGAGGAACUGUUUCAAUGCAUGGAAUGUCUGCAGUGUUUAUUUUGGACAGUCUUUAAAUUGGAUUUUUUUAAUUAUGUAAAGUUGUUCAAAUUACCAGAUUAUGUGUACUUCAUUGGGUAGUUCUGAUAGUUGAAUGAGUAGUUUCUUGCCUUCCAUCAAUAAAACAGAAGGCAUACUAGCAAAAUAAGAAUGUCGAAUUGAGCAUUGUAAUUAAUUGGCUUAAAUGGGUGAUAAUACUGAUGUAUAAAUUCCAUAAAUUCUUUAUGCAUAAUUUUGCAAGUUUUUCAUCAAAUUGCAUAUUUUUGGUGUCAUUACCUUCAAAACAUUUUCUACCAGUUUAAUAUAUUUUUUAAAUGCUGACAUUGUCAGCAGUUUUAAUUUUGAGGCUUCUGACAGUGAAAGAGUUAAUUAAAUUUAUUUUAACCUUAAUUAAAGUUGUACAUCCUGAUUCUUCAGUGUUGUUUCAUGCUCUUUGAUGAAAUCCUAAUUUCUGUAAUUAUUAAUGAUCUUGAUUAUGACCUGGUAUUCAGCAUUCACUGCUGGUUCCACCCCCUAUUUUCUCCCCAUUAUGUGCAUAUAACUACAGUAGGGCCCCACUUAUACAGCAGGUUAGAUUCCAGGCUACCACCAGAAAGCAGAAUGCCAUUUUUUCCACUUACAAAUGCAUAUAAAUGCCAGAUAACAAGUUUACACUAACAUAUAUAAAGUUAGCAAUAGAACUAGGCAUUAAAAAGUCAGGUGUGGUAGGUAUGGUAGCCCUCCUGGCCACCCCACCCACACAUAAUGUACUACAACUCUUAAAGUGCCUUAAAAUAUUUGUAGUCUUAAUGGUCUUAAUAUAAGGUGAGAGGUGAAAAGUAUUUAUUUGUGGAAAGUAGUGUAGGAGGUAUGGUAGCCUUCCUGGCCACCCCACCUACUAUGACAUUUAAAAUGCCCUAGAACAAUAAAAUGCAUGUACAGUACACUCAUUACUUAAAAUAUUUGUAGUCAUAAUGUAGGGUGAGAGGUGAGUAAAUGACAUUAAAUGAAUAAACGAGAGAGAGAGAGAGAGAGAGAAUGAGUACAUGAGAGUAGUAGGUUUGCGAGUUUUGUAAACAAACCAACCGAACACGUAUGGCUUUAGUUCACUCCUGUAGGCCGCUUGGAAAAACAUCUCAUUUAUGUUAAUUUAUUCUACUGUGGGUAUAUUUGUCAUGUUUGUGUUACAUAGCGUGUUUAUUAUAUAAUUUUGAAAAAAGUCAUUAGAUUAAUUAAGUAAAAUGUCUAUAUUAAUGUUUUAUCUGACAUUUAAUGUGCCUCAGAGUGAUUAUUAUUGUGUUGUUAUCAUGAUCAUUAUUAAUAUGAUGUAUUCAAGACUAAUAAGACACUCUUAGUGAUUUUAAUGUGUACAGAUUUCCCUCCACAUUCGCGAGGGUUAAGGGAUCAAGAACCUCGCUAAUGUUGAAAAAUUGCGAAUGUUUGGUGCACAAAUAUAUUGUAGGGAAAUAUAAUAAUAGCAUUUACUUAGCCUAACAGUACUGCUUCCUUAACCUAUUGAAGUUUGAACAACCAUAAAAUACGUGAAAACAUCGUAAAAUAUUGUACUAGUGCCAGCCCUUUGGUAAAGGUGAGAAAGACUAUAGAAUUCAAGAUAGAACUCAUAGCAGAGUACCAAAGUGGAGGAGGAAGAGAGAGGGGAGAAUGUGCUUUCAGUGAUUCAGUGGUGUAAUGACAUAUUUUAAAUAUGAUUGGGCAGCUGGGCAUUCACAAAUGUUUGAAGCCCAUGAAUGUGGAGGGAGACCUGUAUCUGCCCGCUAGCACAGUGUGUAAGUUUACUUGGGUACAGGUACACAUAAGUAUAAUUAUCAGAGUAUAUAUAAAACAUGAAAUAACUUUAAAACACUUGAAAUUUUGGAAAGCUUCCAAACAUAAUGGAUAGACGCAGUGUUCACGGAGAAUGUAAACAAACCGGUGGCACGAGCCGUAUUAGAAAGACAGGGAGCUGUAUAGAAAGUUUCGGUCAUAAUUUGAAAUCGCCGUAUUAGCGGAACGCCGUAAAGCGGGGCCCUGCUGUAUAUAUUUGAAAGCAUAUUGUGUAUAAUUUUGUACAAAUAUUAAUUGCAAUUUAUAAAAUAAUUAAUGUACAACAUAUAUAAAAUGAUCAUAAUGAAUAAAAUUAAUAUUCACAACAGUUUUGCUGCUCAAAUUUGCCAUGGGUUUAGGCUUACAAAAGAAUUUUUCCAAAUUCACAAUUUGGGUAAACUUGCUCCAAAAAGUUCACCAUUCCUGUUUCAGAUAUUCUGGACAUUGGCAGAUUAAACUUUCUCAUUUGAAGAAAAACGUAUUUCUCUUUAUCUGAAGCAUGGGAUUUUUCCAUUUAUUAAUAAUAUACUACUGUAUAUUUUGUAAUAAUUUAUAUGAAUACAUAGUCAUUAACUGAAGCAAAAAUAUAUAAAUUAUUAUGUACUAGUUUCUACACAAACUUCAGUGAUCACUAUUUUUUUUACCCGCUUCAUCUCUUAAAUAUUGUACAAUGUAUGAGAAAAACUACACAACCCUUGAAAUUUUUGUUUUGUUAUUACUGACAUUCUUUAAAUAGGUGGGAUUGGUAAAGUGCAUUGUAGCAACUUUACCCAUCCUGCAAUAUUCUAUCCAUGUUGUAAAAAUUUGUUUUCUUGAGCCUAGUUAUAGUACAUUAAAGUAAAAAUCUGAACAUUGUAACUUUAAUAUUUACUAUAGUGUGUAUAAUAUUUUCAAACUGUAAUAAAAGUUUGUAAUUAA